AUGCGGGUAUCUUCGAGCAGUUGUGACUGGACUGAACGUGAACUAGUCCGCACUGGGCUUGAGAGGAUCAUCUUCACCGACCAGCAAGUUCCACUGACCAAGACUCAUCAAACUCGUCAGACCUUGAGAACUGGCUUCACAUCAGAAGACCUUGUCGAGUUCUUGAACUCAUACGGCGACGUUCUGCACAAGGAUCCCAAUGGCUAUGACUGUCCUGCUGAAGUUCAACAAGCCAUUGAUGAAUGUGACCCAACCCUUGAGUGGCAAGACAUGGACCGCCUCCUCGUUCAUGCUGAUGGCUCCUGCGCUGGUCGUGGCAAACAUCUAAAACCAGUACGUGCGGCGGAAGAAGGAGUUGGUGAUGCUUGGGCGUUUGUUGUACUUGGAGAACGCUAUGAUCGCCCUGGGUUGGUUGUCUUGGGCUGGAAUGCUCGCCUUGUACAGUACGAAUCAGAUGGCAACUGCUUCCUUGGUGCCGACACGACCGCAUCAGUGCAGAUGUGGCCGAGAAAGAAGCCCUGCUGGGCGGGGCUUGGAGAUUUGCCACUAACGAUCGUCCCAGAAGCCUUGAACCACAUGAUAUCUUUCACCUUCAUGAUCAUCAGAGGCCCCACUGCCGACCCGGCGAUGGCAGGUUACUGCUUCAUCAACUUUCGCACCUCGCAAGCCAGGCAGACGUUUAGCUCCAUGUUCGACAAUGUGCAGGCCCAAAGUUGCUUGCCAGGCUUCAACAGCUACAAAGUCUGCCAGGUGACCAAAGCCAAAUGGCAGGGCCGUGACGAAAAUGUGAGGCGCAUCCGGAGCGGUCCGGAGUUGAUGCAGCAGCUGGCAGGGGUCGAAGAUUGGGAUGUGGGGUAG